AGGAGAUGACCAGAGACUGCGGACACAGUACAGGAGAUGACCAGAGACUGAGGACACAGUACAGGGGAUGACCAGAGACUGCGGAUAUAGUACAGGAGAUGGCCAGAGACUGCGGACACAGUACAGGAGAUGACCAGAGACUGCGGACAUAGUACAGGAUAUGGCCAGAGACUGCGGACAGUACAGGAGAUGACCAGAGACUGCGGACACAGUACAGGGGAUGACCAGAGACUGCGGACAGUACAGGAGAUGACCAGAGACUGCAGACACAGUACAGGAGAUGACCAGAGACUGCGGACACAGUACAGGAGAUGACCAGAGACUGCGGACAUACUACAGGAGAUGACCAGAGACUGCGGACACAGUACAGGAGAUGACCAGAGACUGCGGACAUAGUACAGGAGAUGACCAGAGACUGCGGACAUAGUACAGGAGAUGACCAGAGACUGCGGACACAGUACAGG